AUGGCGGAGCAGCGGCCGCCGCUAUACCUCCGCAUCGCAAACCGCCUCCGCCAAGCCAAUGGAGACACGCCGAUGUCCUACCUGGAGUUCCGGGAGGCUGACUACAAGCUGUCCAAGGAACGCCAUGAGGUGAUAAAGAUCAUCGGAGCGCGCAUCAGAGACAUGUGCAGGGCUGAGCUCGACGACUAUGUCAAUUGCUACGCCGAGAAGACGUACGCCACUUUCAGUUGCCGCAAGGAAGCGAACCGGAUGAAACGUUGCGUGCGGCACUAUCAGGAGUUUCUUGCAACUCCGGAAUCGCAGCAACGAAUAAUGGAAGAGCGCCUCCGAAGUGGUGAGAGUCUUAUCGUGCCGUCGUUCCUCAAGUACCCGGAGCAGUACCAGCCACCAUACCUACAUCCUGAAAACAAAGGAUAA